AAAGGACAAAAAUUAACAACAAUAAACUAUUGACAUAGAAGAACGCUCAAAGCACUAAGCCAAAAAAACACUAUUUUUUUCUCUUCUUCCACAUUUUUCCGCCGCUUCUUGAAUCUUGAGUUCUGAUUUGGUUUUCAUGUCCAAGAUGAUGAUGAGAUCUAGCCGUAAACCCCCACUUGCUACUAGAUCUCCUGUUGGAAUUCGAAAUCGUCGUGUUCUUCAAUCUACUCCAAACCCAAUUCGAACCCCACCAGGUUCUUUGAAAACUCAGUUGCCUAAGAGGGUUAGCAGCAGUGUUGAAGAAUGGGAACUUCGUCCAGAGUACCAUACCAUUUCUUGUGAAUUAAGGGCUUUGUCCAAAAUGGUGCAGAACAAAUUUGGUAACGAGGAUGUGAAUGCUGCUGAUAACUCUGAUUCAUUGAAUGCAAAGAGAAGUCCUUUAUUCGAAAGGGGCAAGUUUUAUGAAGAGUACUCUGCUAGACGGAAUGAGAGAUUGAAGAGGAAGAAGGGUGGUGACACUGUGGAUGAGAAGAAACCAGUGUAUGAUUUGGGAGUAAGAGUUGAAUCUUCCAAGAAAAAAGGAGAGCCUAAGAUGUUCCAAAGCGCGAGGAAAUCAGUUGUUGCUUCUACACCAAUAGCAGAGAGGAGAGAAACUUCGAGGUAUUUCUUGAGAAGUACAGCUAGUAAGGAGAACAAGAAGCCUCCUUUGCCAAUCAGCAUGGACAAAUCUGUGGGGUUAUCAGAGAGGAGAACUUCAGCCAGAAGAGUUGGGAAAAUUUGAGUUGGAAUGAUUUCCCCUCUUAUAUAGACGUUUGUUGAACAAAAAAGUAAGUAGUAGUAGUUUUUGGAUGAUUUGGAUGGCAAAUGUAGUUAGUUCUGUCGCAAAAUUUUCAGAUUAGGGUGUUUGAUGUUUGAAGUACAAUGAAGAGGCUAUGUAACUGAUAGCUUCAAUUCACUUUCAUGGCUGAUUGUGAUAUGAAUUUUCAUUUUUUUUUGUAUUGCUUAUCUUUAAGUUUAUUGUGCAUGUAUUGAUGGAAUCUUUACAUUGCAGAACCAAAAAAAGUCUAUUGAACUACUUGCAUUGAGA